AUGGUGUUUAGUCGCUUUCGGGGGCGCCCGUCCCCCCCCGCGGCCCCCGUGCCAGAUGAUGAAAUGGUCAUGGUUUCGAAGAUCAAGCUUCAGGACAACGAGGAUGGGUGGGCUCAGGUCGGUCAGUUUCUUACCUGGGAGGGCCUCGAAACUACAGCUACAGAGGAGGCCUGGGACUGGGCCAUGGAGGGCGACUCAUCUGAGGGCAGUGGACAUCAGUGGGUAGUGGACGACUUCCUGAUUACUGGAGAUUGCGAGGAGCCACCGAGUGUGCCCCCGGUCAAGGAGGAGGUGAAAGCUCCGCAGCCGGCACAGGCGGAGAGCCUCCCUACAGUGGAGAAGCCGGCAAAUGAGGAGCCGCCCCAGGAGGAGCAUGGAUUCCGUUGCCGCGGCUGCAAUGUGCGGAUCUUCUGCGGAACGGACAUCCUCUCAUCAAACUACCAAGCCAUGACGGGCCCGGGCUACCUGGUGGAUGCGACGCAAAAUACGAAGGCAUCUGUGGAGAGACAGACCGUGAUGUACACCACCGGCUCCUAUGUCAUCUGCGAAGUUUCUUGCGAGUUCUGUGACAACAAGCUUGGUGUCACCUACGUCGUUGCCCCUGAUGCCCGCAACGAGUACAAGGUGGGCAAGUUCUUAUUGGGGGCCGAUCGACUGGUCCUCCCUCCAGGGGUGACGCACCCGAAGGCAUCCAAUGAGUGCGCAGUGUACAGUCAGAAUCUAUUAGAAUUCCCAUCCUGUAUGCGACAUGUUCUCUUAAGGUGUGUUUGA